AUGAGGAAUAUCCAGUGGCCAGGUAGAUUUGAGCCCACAGAUAGUAAUCAGGAGGGGUUUGUGCAUCCUAGUCCGGGUGAUGUGAAGAGUUUCCUGGAUGCUGUUAAUGUUCUUAAACCUACAGCCAUCAUCGGUGUGUCUGGGGCGGGGCGACUAUUCACUCAUGAUGUCAUCAGGGCUAUGGGUUCGUUAAAUGAGCGACCAAUCAUCUUUGCUCUGAGCAAUCCGACUGCUAAAGCUGAGUGUACUGCAGAGGAUGCAUACACUCUCACACAGGGUCGGUGUUUGUUUGCCAGUGGGAGUCCGUUUGCUGCUGUAACUCUGGAUGAUGGCAGGAUGGUGAUUCUGGGACAGGGGAACAAUGCUUACAUAUUCCCAGGUGUGGCUCUGGCAGUAAUUCUGAGUGGUGUUAGACACAUCAGUGAUACGGUGUUCCUCGAGGCUGCAAAGAUCUUAGCAGAGCAGUUGACGGAUGAGGAACUGAAUCAGAAUCAGGGUCGUCUCUACCCUCCUCUUUCCAACAUUAGGGAGGUUUCUUUACAGAUGGCUGUGAAGGUGGUGGAGUUUCUGUACAGUAAAGGAAUGGCAUUUCGGUACCCAGAGCCACUGGAUAAGGAGGCGUAUGUGAGAUCCAUUGUGUGGAACACGGAGUACGAUUCCUUCCUCCCAGACAUCUACGAACGGGCUGGAGUGUCCCAUAGUCCUAUAGUGGAGUAAUCAUACACCCUAUAGCAUACACCUGAAACAGUCACACCCUUAAUUUACAGCUGUGUAAUGUUUAACUAUCACACAUCCCCAUGGGGAGUGAUUCCUAAACUCCUUCUGCUAAUGUAAAUGUACAGUGUUGCUAUUAAUAAAACACUCUGUGUGUGUGUG